AUGAAGCAGGGCAAGCUUAUGAGUGACUUCACACUUCCUGCAUCGGCAUGUAAAUUCACUGAGCAAGAGAGCAAGGUUUCACAGAAGUAUUCCGCUAAGAAACUGAAGAAAGAAAAUGAAAACUUGGGGUGUCACAGCGUACCUCUCCGCUUCACCAAUGGGGUUGACAUCGACCAGGUGACCGACGAUGUCUACUUCACGGACAGCUCCAGGAACUACAAUAUGUCGCAACAUGAGAUGGUCAUAAGAAACCGAGACUCUAGGGACCACCUUACUAGGUAUGACCCGCGGACAGGAAAUGCCGGCGUGCUCCAGGCCGGCAUCACUUACCCCAAUGAGAAGGCUGAGCUCCCCUUUGGCGUCGAUAGCCACCUACUCGCCCUGAGGAUCGAUGGUGACGGAAAAAUAAUCGAGGAGAUGAGAGGACCCAAGAGCAACCAGCUACACUCCUUUGCUCCCAAUCAACGUCCAGGCACCUACUGGGUGGCACUACAUCGUGAGAAGGCUGAGCUCCCCUUUGGCAUUGAUAGCCACCUGCUAGCAUUGAGGAUCGAUGUGGAUGGAAAAAUAAUCGAGGAGAUGCGGGGACCCAAGGGCGUGAGGCCGACCGAGGUGGUGGAGAGGAAAGGUGGCAGGUUGUUCAUGGGAUCCGUCGAGCUUCACUAUGUGUCCGUCGUCACACGCAAAUAA